CUGCUCCAAUCUCCAAUGCACGCAACUGUCAUGCGCCGAACACAGCCAGACUCGGUCGAGGCGGCGGUGGACAGGCUCAGGGAGGAGUCUCGCACUAUCCAAAAUCGUGGAGGAUUGACGAGCCGACAGGUAGAGAGAGUGGACGAUGCCUUCGCUCUUCUCGCAAGCGGCGAGCCUCCGCCUGGGUCCACAGGUGCAGCGAACCGAUCAAAAUAUUUGAAGGUCUUGAAACGUGUUGAGGAGAUCAACGGACUGGCAUACGUGGUUUUAUGCGCCGCGGGUCUCGGUAGGUCUACCAUCGCGUGCAUGAAAGAGAGCAUGCGUGUCGGCUUGCCUAUCGAGAUGAAAAAGCAGAAGGACGAUCUUGAUCAACCUGCCCUCGAGAAGAUUGCCUCCACCUACACGACGAAACAGCACUCAGAAGUCUCCUCGUUCGGUCACAAUGCACUCUCCAUGGCUGGCGAAGCAUUGGAGCCAGAUUAUGGGCUUGCGCUGACUACAACGUCACAAUACACCGGUGAUGCUUAUGAACUUACGUGGGACGAUGCGCGGAUGAUUGCAAAGUCUGGGCAAGAUGUUGGCAAGGUGUAUCUGAUUGAUACAUACGCAGAGACGGCUCAUUCAUUCGUCAUAAUGCCUGUAUCUCUCGAAAUGACGAACCAUUUUGCAAUGCGACGGGCAAGAGUAUAGACAGUUCUUAUUUCCUUUCGGCGGCACGAAUAUAACCAACCGUCAGAGAUCCCGAUGCCCUGAACCACCAGCUGCUAGUCCAGGGCACGACUAUCAGAUACCCAGCAUCCUCCGUCGCCACAGCGCCAAUGUAGUUAUCGUCCUUCUCCUCGAAAAUACGAAUGGCGCCCUUGUCCUUUGGCAUAUCAACAACGAUAAAAAGUGUGCUCUCGGGUGGGACUAUUCGUGUCCCCUUCGGGGGAGUGGUCCCGUCGAUCGCGCAAUCGCCGCAUUGCAUCUGCGUCAACUCAGCAUAAUGUCUUCUAAGAACAGAGGCCUCGUGGGUGCGCUACAUCGUCCUUUAAACGUUGCAACAGCUCGGUCUCGGACAUCCGUUUGAGCUUUAUCUUCGUAAACUCGGUCAUUGUGGUCGGACCAUGAGGCCGUGGGGAUAGCUUGGCUUGCGAAGGUCGGCUACGCAGAAAGCGACUCCUGACGGUGAUGGAUCGAGGGUAGCAAAGCGUUCGGAAAGUCGAAUCGAUGGCUUGUGCCCAUGGUCAAGAAUGUUCUGACUGGGGUGGGGUGGACAAGGCGGGGCUUCUUAGGCACUCAAGUACAUCGUCAGGUGUAUCGCUGCCCAAAGAAAAGCUUCGCCAGUGAAG